AUGGCGCUGCAGAUAUGGCGUCUUGCAGGGGCCGCAGCUCUGUCGGUCAUACUCCUUGGCGAGGCAGUGGGCGACGAGCCCGGGACGUGCUCAGCUGGAUCUUGCGAAGGCAAAGCCUUGACAUUGGCAUCCGUGCCGCAGAAGAUCCUAGAUGCUGAGUACGCCGUGAGGGGAGAGAUUGUGACGAGAUCCUUCAAGCUGGAGAAGCUCUUGGAGCAAGACAACCACUCGCUUCCUUUCGAUGAGCUCGUGCCGUGCAACAUCGGAAACCCUCAGGCCGUUGGCGCACGACCUCUCACCUUCCACCGCCAGGUGCUCUCCUUGAUGAGCAAUCCUUCCUUGAUCGAGGAUGCAGCCUCGCUGUAUCCAGCAGAUGUGGUGGCGAGAGCCAAGGAGUACAUCGGCAAGAACCCCAAGUUCGGCGCCUACUCCCAUUCCAAAGGCAUCCUCCACUUCAGGCGGCAGGUCGCCAACUACAUCGAUCGCAGGGACGGGGCCUCUGUGCCCCCGGCAGAUCCGGAGGAUAUCUUCCUGACCGACGGGGCAUCUGCUGGUGUCAAGACGGUGCUGGAGGUGAUGAUCGACAGCCCAUCUGACGGCCUACUCAUCCCCAUUCCGCAAUACCCGCUCUACUCGGCCUCCAUCACCCGUCUCGGUGGGACCCACAUUGGCUACGAGUUGGUGGAGGACUACGUCUCGGGAAAAGGGUGGGCCAUCGAUGUCGAGUUGAUAGAAGAGAAGAUCAAGUCCUUCCUGGCCAGCGGAGGGCGCCCAAAAGGGAUUGCUGUCAUCAAUCCAGGCAACCCCACUGGGAACGUGCUCAGCCGUGAGACGAUUGAAAGCAUCGUGAGGCUUUGUGCAAAGUAUAGAAUGGUCAUCCUGGCCGAUGAAGUCUACCAGGAGAACAUUUGGCACAUGGACAAGGAGUUCGUGUCUUUCAGGCAAGUUGUGCACCAGACUGGAUUGCCCGUGGAAUUGUUUUCGUUCCACUCGAUGUCCAAGGGAUACUAUGGUGAAUGCGGCUUGAGAGGAGGAGUGCUUCACAUGACAAACAUUGACGCCGAUGUAGCCGACCAAAUUUACAAGCUCUUCUCGAUGAUCCUGUGUGCCAACACUCUUGGACAGGGCGCCAUGGCUUCCAUCCUGAAUCCACCCGUUGAAGGAGAUGCCUCCUUCCCCCUUUUCUCCCAGGAGCGCAGCGAGAUUCUGGCCAACCUUAGCAGAAAGGCGGAGCUGGUAACUCAAGCACUCAACGAGAUCCCGGGUGUGCAAUCUCUUCCUGCGGAAGGUGCAAUGUACGCCUUCCCCCAGGUUUAUUUGCCCGAGCGUUUCGUCAAAGAAUCUGAGGUCUUGGGAAAGGCUGCCGACAUGUUGUACUGCAUCAAGAUGCUGGAAGCGACGGGUGUCAUCGUCGUGCCCGGAAGUGGCUUCGGCCAAAGGAAUGGCACCUGGCACUACCGCAUCACCAUCCUACCCGAAGAGGGUAAGUUGAAGCGGGUGCUCGAGCGGAUGAAAACUUUUCACAUGCAGUUCUUGAAAGAGUACUUGGGUCCCGAGGAGCGGGCCAUCGAAGACAAGACGCCCACUCCCUGUCAGCCAAAGUACUCUGAGCAACUGCAGAAGGAGAUCAUCGAGGCGCACCUGACAGCUGCGACGGGGCAGGCGGAGCCCCAGUUACUUCUGAUGCUGGGUGGCUCGGGAGCCGGGAAGGGCGGCUUCCUGAAGGCGAUGGCGCAGCAUGGCAUGGACACGGGAAACUUUGUUCUGCAUGGCUUGGAUGAGUACAUCGAGUACUUGCCCGAGUUCAAGGCGUCAAAGCAGCAUGAGCUGGUGGUCUUCAAGGAUGCAGCGGAUGGCUGCUACUCCGGCGUGAUCCCGAUCGCCAAAGCUGCACAGAAUGAGAUCGUCAAGCGCAAGCAGCACGUGAUCUACGAGGACACGGGCAAAGAUCUGGACCGCAUCCUCACGCGCAUACUUCCUUUCUUUCAGAAGGCCGGCUACAAGAUUGCUGUUGUCCUAGUUGACAAUUUCCCCGCGAUCGCGAAGCAGAGAUCCUUUGGCCGCUUCAUGAGGGAAGGCCGGUUUGCCUCUGACCGCUACAUCGAGUCCACGUUCAAGAACGUGCCGGAGAAUUAUGCCAAGCUGAAAGAGUUGAAAGAGGUGACAGAGGCCUACUACUGCGACAACAGCUGCGCAGAAGGUGUUUGUCCAAAGUGCUGGCUUGACAAGGGCACCAGGAGCUUGCUUCCUGAAGCAGCCUUGCAGACGGGCACUCCACUGCGACUACAUCCUGCUGCCAGCUAG